AAUUAAUGUUCUUUGCUUCAGGUUGCAAAUGCCCAAGCAGCCGGAGCAGUUGGUGCCCUGAUGUACCUGGACCCCUCCGAUUACGAGAACACAGAUACGCUUGUCCCCUUUGGCCAUGCCCACCUGGGAACUGGAGACCCCUUCACCCCAGGCUUUCCUUCUUUCAACCACACCCAGUUCCCACCAGUGGCAUCUUCUGGACUACCUCGCAUUGCUGUUCAGACUAUCUCUAGCAAAGCAGUAGGCAAGCUGUUCAGUAAAAUGCAUGGAGAGGAAUGCAUUCUGGAGUGGAAAGGUGGCAUCAUGGGAUGUAAGGUGAUGCUGAACAGCACGAGCAAGAUGACAGUGAAACUGACCGUGAACAACGCUAUGGUGGACAGGAAGAUUCUGAACAUCUUUGGUGCUAUCAAGGGAUUUGAAGAACCAGAUCGAUAUGUUGUGAUUGGAGCCCAAAGAGACUCCUGGGGCCCAGGAGCGGCCAAGGCUGGCGUUGGAACUGCCAUGUUGUUGGAACUUGCCCGUGUGAUCUCGGACAUGGUGAAAAACGGUGGCUACAAACCAAGGCGCAGCAUCAUCUUUGCCAGCUGGAGUGCAGGAGAGUACGGAACUGUGGGUGCUACUGAAUGGCUGGAGGGAUACUCUGCCACACUGCAUGCCAAAGUCUUCACUUACAUUAACUUGGAUGCUGCAGUUGUAGGCUCCAGCCACCUGAAGAUUUCUGCCAGCCCGUUGCUGUACACCUUGCUGGAGAGAACUAUGAAGGGGGUGAAGGACCCAGCAAAGAAUUUGGAAACCCUGUAUGACAGAGUUGGCUCUGACUGGGUAAAAACAGUUGUUCCACUUGGUCUGGAUAACGCAGCGUUCCCUUUCCUGACCUACUCGGGAAUCCCGGUGGUUUCCUUUGGUUUCUACAAUAAAGAUAAGGAAUAUCCCUUCUUGGGCACUACUCAGGACACUGUGGAGAACCUGAAGGCGACUGACAACUUGUAUGCUCUUAUGCGUGCUGCUGCAGAAGUUGCUGGACAAAUAGCUCUCAGGCUGACCCAUGAUCAUGAGCUCUUCCUGGACUUUGAGAGAUAUGGUGAUGAACUGCUAGCGUUCCAGGAGAAGUUCUUGCCCUAUGAUCAGGAUGUGAGGGCGCUGGGGCUGACCUUGAACUGGCUGUUUUUUGCCCGUGGUGACUUCCAGCGAGCUAUAGAUGCACUGAGAGGAGACAUCGCAAACAGCGACAGGGAGAACAAGAUCAUCCGCAGAGCCCUGAAUGACAGGAUCAUGAAGGUGGAGUAUGACUUCCUCUCCCCGUACCUCUCGCCAAAAGAUGCUCCCUUUCGCCACAUCUUCUUCGGCAAAGGUUCCCACACCCUGCAGAGCCUGCUGGAGAACCUGCAUCUGCUGAAAACCAGCAGGGACAGCGUGGACGUGAACAUGCUGAGAGAGCAGCUGGCCCUGGUGACCUGGACCAUUAAAGGAGCUGCCAAUGCCUUAGUGGGUGAUAUCUGGGAUACAGACAACGAAUUCUAGACACGGCAAACACCUGGUAAAGGUACAGGAUUAGGGAAACCCACUCCCUAACAUGGCAUAAUUUUUUCCUGUAGAUUUUCUGGCAACAAAUUUUUUUGACCAAAGCUGAGCAUAAAAUUUAAAUUUCACCUUGACAAAUUCACAGGAGGCAGUUUUAAAGCAGGUACUAAGAUUACCAUGAAAUCUCCUCUGGCCAGGCUCCCGUCUGACCACAGUCUAAACCGGUCACAUACAGCUGCUUGUGGGGCUUGCUCUCCAGUGUACUUGAGAAAUAACAGCUUGGGUGACUCCUGAACCGGUACCUUGAGUGGGGAGGUACCUCAUCUAUUUAGAGUUUUAAUUGUUUGCCCCCCAAACCUAGUGACAAGAUAAGGAACGGAUUCCUCUUAACGCUUGUAAUGAGGAUCCCUUCUCUGGCAGGGAGCUACAGAGGCCAACCUGUAGUUCAAAAAUAAAACAACAUGGUAACAGCCCACAAGUGCUGAUUAUCAGCAAGCUCUGAAGUGUCCGGCCUGCCUUUACUCAACAGCAGGGUCCCAAUGACAUCUUGAAGGCUUGCUUCUGCCUCAAUACCCAGGGAAAAUGACCCAAAGAUUAUCUAAUGCCCCCUUUAUAUCCUUAGCUGGCACCUCAGGGAGUCCUGUGACGUUGAGAAAUGGCUCUAGACUGACACUUCAGACCUUGCUGCUCUGGGGCCUUUUGUGAAAUUGAGUCUCUUGCUGGACAAACCCUGUUUGACUGAUGCCGUUUUGAUGGCUCUUGUUUGGCACUGAGAUAUUUAUUUGUUUAUUUAUUUAUCAGUGACAGCGUUCACUAUAAAUGGUAUGUUUUUUUAUAGAAGAUAAUUAUCGGAAGCAGUGCCUUCCAUAAUUAUGACAGUUAUACUGUCGUUUUUGAAUAAAGCAGCAUCUGCUAUUACAAUCAAAUAUGAUACUGGAACUUUGCAUUUAAAAUAAUCUAAACAGGCCCCUCCAAAAAAAAAAGUCUUUGAAAACUAGCAAUUAAGCUUUCUGUGGCAAAAACACGCCUCUGGAAGAAACUUAGAGGUGUAAACCUGGUAGCAAGUCUCCAGGUUUUGUUCCAAAAUCAUCCUUGACAUAACGAAAACCUGGGUGAAAACUCAAAAUACUAGAAAUUUGGCUUCCCUGCGGUGUCUGUGCCUCCGUGGGCUUCAGACUCCCUCUCUUCCCUCCUUUUCUGGAUGCUGUGCACUCGCAUGGGGAGCACAGCUUCCUUUCUGGCCCCGCUGGAGGGGCUUGAUGUGGAGCCCUCACUCCACUCACAGCAACACACACAAACUUCUUGUACUUUGGAUUAGGCAUUGGCCCGAUUUUAUUUUUAUUUUAUUUUAAUUUUUUUUUAAAAUGGCAGCUUCCUGCAAACUUCCAGUACCUUAGGUAUCGUGAAACCUAACUGACAUUAUCGGGAGCAGUGUCUCCCAUAAUGUGUAAAGAACAAGGUAGUUUUUGCCUACCACAGUGUUAUAUCGGAGGCAGUGACCUCCAUAUGUUGCACUAUGGGUGUACGUAAUUAUCGGGGACAGUGUUUCCCAUAAUUGUUCUAUGCUUAUCAUGCAAUGUCAUCUGCAAAGCUUGAUGGUUAGUAUCUAACACGGAUCAAUUUGCGGCAGUCCUACUUUUUUUCCCACUCUCCUGUGGUGAUGCAGAUACAAACUUUGGUCUGUUAUGUACUUCUCUAGACUCUUACCUUCUCCGUAGGGUGAACUGUUUCAAAUAGCUGUGCUGUCUUGAAGUGGCUUCCUGCCUCCUAGUCUGCCUCUAGUGCUUUGAAUGUUUAGUGGAAAUUAGGCUUAGUUAGACUGUGUGCUCUGCGAUUUAGUGAACUUCCUUCAAAUCAGUUGUGAAGACUUGGGGAAUUAAAGGUGAAUGUAGUAGGCCUUGGGGGCUGACUGCUGUCUGGAGGACUCAGGUCCCCGUUCUAGAUGGGGGUGUAUCCUGCCCAACUCCAGUCUUAGGUGCUGUGUGGAGGGGGGGAGAUCAGUGGCACCUUUCUCGUGGUGCCCCUCUGCUCCCUGACCUGGAGCUGAAGGCUGCUGCUGUCUGACACCUGCUGAUCUGUGCUGCCUCUUCCCAAAAAGCAGCUGGCUGGCUGUCCCCGGCCGUGCGCUCUGCGAGCAGUUUGAUCUGGCAUUUGAAACCUAAAGCCAGCGAGUGACCUGAGCUCCAGCAGUAGCCCUUGAGGGGAAAAGAACGCUGUUGACCUGGUGCAGAGACCUGGGCCACCACCAGGAAUGGGCAAGGGAAAGCUCCCAGCCCAAUUAUUGAGCCUCAGCGCUCACGGGCUUGGAGGGAUGGAUUUUCAUCAGGAAGCCCAGGCUCGUGCAACUCCUUGCUCUUCCCUAAGUACCCUGCUGUCUCUGAGGCACGUGUACAACCCUCUCUGUGUUACUGCUUCCCGGUGACACUUCUCUGGAUGGCAUUUAAGAGCUGCUGUCUGGGAGUCCUCAUGGUAGACUUUGCAUGCAUUUUGAUGUCAGACUUAAAAACAUGCGCUUUGCAGCCAGCAGAGAAAGACAAAGCCUGGCUCCUGGCUCGGCAGCACGACCGUGACUACUGGGGUGUCAGGAUGCCGUGCUGGGUGCUGGCGUCCGACUGGGGUGGGGGUGCUCUAACUGUGUUUCUGGGUUACCUGCUGUCUGCUUGAAUAAAGUUUUAAAGCCUGAACACUCAA